AUGGAAGAGAUGCGUGUCGGGCAAAUCGAAAAGGCAAUCAGGCCCCCUCCCACCUCCUGCCGCCCCAGGCCGCGGCGGCCCCGCCGCCGGCGCGGCCCGUCAUGGCCCCUCCGCCCCCACGCCCCAUCAUGGCCCCUCCGCCUCCGCCUCCGCCUCCGCCUCCGCUGUCCGCCAUCCCGUCGCGGCUCCACCGCCGCUGGCCCCGCCCCGCCCGGCGGCCAUCCUGCCGUCGCCGGCCCAGCCGCCCCCUCCCACCUCCUGCCGCCCCAGGCCGCGGUGGCCCCGCCGCCGGCGCGGCCCGUCAUGGCCCCUCCGCCCCCGCGCCCCAUCAUGGCCCCUCCGCCUCCGCCUCCGCUGUCCGCCAUCCCGUCGCGGCUCCACCGCAUCCGGCCGCCGCCGCUGGCCCCGCCCCGCCCGGCGGCCAUCCUGCCGUCGCCGGCCCAGCCGACGCUCUCCCCUCUCCCGGCGCUCCCUUCGGUCUGCAUGUCGGCGGAGUCCCCCAUCUCGGCCUACAUGCGCCGGCUCCGCGGGAUGCCGUCGCCGAUCCUCGUGCCCACAUCGCCGCUCGGGUUCGGGUGCCUCCACUCGCCGCGGGCGCCGACGUCUCCCGGCGUGGCCAUGCCGGCCACCAGCCCCCGCGUCCGCGACCCGUGACCACACCGCGUCGGCAAGGCCAGUGCGCCGCGAUUGUCCACACCGGGGGCCUGAUUGCCUUUUCUGUAAAUAUCUAGGGGUGUGUGUGCUAAUUUUUUGCCAGUUAAGCUCCUUACAAUCUGGCCCCACUUGUCAGAAAGUGAUCAAACGGGCCAAAUCACCCAAUCAGUGCUUUUUGCAACGACUUAACAAAUUUUCCGGUGUUUUCUGCAA